AUGUUUUUAUUAUCAUUACGGUUAGUAAACGAUGAUGAUGAUGAUGAUGAUGAUGAUGAUGAUGAUGAUGAUGAUGAUGAUGAUGAUGAUGAUGAUGAUGAUGAUGAUGAUGAUGAUGAUGAUGAUGAUGAUGAUGAUGAUGAUGAUGAUGAUGAUGAUGAUGAUGAUGAUGAUGAUGAUGAUGAUGAUGAUGAUGAUGAUGAUGAUGAUGAUGAUGAUGAUGAUGAUGAUGAUGAUGAUGAUGAUGAUGAUGAUGAUGAUGAUGAUGAUGAUGAUGAUGAUGAUGAUGAUGAUGAUGAUGAUGAUGAUGAUGAUGAUGAUGAUGAUGAUGAUGAUGAUGAUGAUGAUGAUGAUGAUGAUGAUGAUGAUGAUGAUGAUGAUGAUGAUGAUGAUGAUGAUGAUGAUGAUGAUGAUGAUGAUGAUGAUGAUGAUGAUGAUGAUGAUGAUGAUGAUGAUGAUGAUGAUGAUGAUGAUGAUGAUGAUGAUGAUGAUGAUGAUGAUGAUGAUGAUGAUGAUGAUGAUGAUGAUGAUGAUGAUGAUGAUGAUGAUGAUGAUGAUGAUGAUGAUGAUGAUGAUGAUGAUGAUGAUGAUGAUGAUGAUGAUGAUGAUGAUGAUGAUGAUGAUGAUGAUGAUGAUGAUGAUGAUGAUGAUGAUGAUGAUGAUGAUGAUGAUGAUGAUGAUGAUGAUGAUGAUGAUGAUGAUGAUGAUGAUGAUGAUGAUGAUGAUGAUGAUGAUGAUGAUGAUGAUGAUGAUGAUGAUGAUGAUGAUGAUGAUGAUGAUGAUGAUGAUGAUGAUGAUGAUGAUGAUGAUGAUGAUGAUGAUGAUGAUGAUGAUGAUGAUGAUGAUGAUGAUGAUGAUGAUGAUGAUGAUGAUGAUGAUGAUGAUGAUGAUGAUGAUGAUGAUGAUGAUGAUGAUGAUGAUGAUGAUGAUGAUGAUGAUGAUGAUGAUGAUGAUGAUGAUGAUGAUGAUGAUGAUGAUGAUGAUGAUGAUGAUGAUGAUGAUGAUGAUGAUGAUGAUGAUGAUGAUGAUGAUGAUGAUGAUGAUGAUGAUGAUGAUGAUGAUGAUGAUGAUGAUGAUGAUGAUGAUGAUGAUGAUGAUGAUGAUGAUGAUGAUGAUGAUGAUGAUGAUGAUGAUGAUGAUGAUGAUGAUGAUGAUGAUGAUGAUGAUGAUGAUGAUGAUGAUGAUGAUGAUGAUGAUGAUGAUGAUGAUGAUGAUGAUGAUGAUGAUGAUGAUGAUGAUGAUGAUGAUGAUGAUGAUGAUGAUGAUGAUGAUGAUGAUGAUGAUGAUGAUGAUGAUGAUGAUGAUGAUGAUGAUGAUGAUGAUGAUGAUGAUGAUGAUGAUGAUGAUGAUGAUGAUGAUGAUGAUGAUGAUGAUGAUGAUGAUGAUGAUGAUGAUGAUGAUGAUGAUGAUGAUGAUGAUGAUGAUGAUGAUGAUGAUGAUGAUGAUGAUGAUGAUGAUGAUGAUGAUGAUGAUGAUGAUGAUGAUGAUGAUGAUGAUGAUGAUGAUGAUGAUGAUGAUGAUGAUGAUGAUGAUGAUGAUGAUGAUGAUGAUGAUGAUGAUGAUGAUGAUGAUGAUGAUGAUGAUGAUGAUGAUGAUGAUGAUGAUGAUGAUGAUGAUGAUGAUGAUGAUGAUGAUGAUGAUGAUGAUGAUGAUGAUGAUGAUGAUGAUGAUGAUGAUGAUGAUGAUGAUGAUGAUGAUGAUGAUGAUGAUGAUGAUGAUGAUGAUGAUGAUGAUGAUGAUGAUGAUGAUGAUGAUGAUGAUGAUGAUGAUGAUGAUGAUGAUGAUGAUGAUGAUGAUGAUGAUGAUGAUGAUGAUGAUGAUGAUGAUGAUGAUGAUGAUGAUGAUGAUGAUGAUGAUGAUGAUGAUGAUGAUGAUGAUGAUGAUGAUGAUGAUGAUGAUGAUGAUGAUGAUGAUGAUGAUGAUGAUGAUGAUGAUGAUGAUGAUGAUGAUGAUGAUGAUGAUGAUGAUGAUGAUGAUGAUGAUGAUGAUGAUGAUGAUGAUGAUGAUGAUGAUGAUGAUGAUGAUGAUGAUGAUGAUGAUGAUGAUGAUGAUGAUGAUGAUGAUGAUGAUGAUGAUGAUGAUGAUGAUGAUGAUGAUGAUGAUGAUGAUGAUGAUGAUGAUGAUGAUGAUGAUGAUGAUGAUGAUGAUGAUGAUGAUGAUGAUGAUGAUGAUGAUGAUGAUGAUGAUGAUGAUGAUGAUGAUGAUGAUGAUGAUGAUGAUGAUGAUGAUGAUGAUGAUGAUGAUGAUGAUGAUGAUGAUGAUGAUGAUGAUGAUGAUGAUGAUGAUGAUGAUGAUGAUGAUGAUGAUGAUGAUGAUGAUGAUGAUGAUGAUGAUGAUGAUGAUGAUGAUGAUGAUGAUGAUGAUGAUGAUGAUGAUGAUGAUGAUGAUGAUGAUGAUGAUGAUGAUGAUGAUGAUGAUGAUGAUGAUGAUGAUGAUGAUGAUGAUGAUGAUGAUGAUGAUGAUGAUGAUGAUGAUGAUGAUGAUGAUGAUGAUGAUGAUGAUGAUGAUGAUGAUGAUGAUGAUGAUGAUGAUGAUGAUGAUGAUGAUGAUGAUGAUGAUGAUGAUGAUGAUGAUGAUGAUGAUGAUGAUGAUGAUGAUGAUGAUGAUGAUGAUGAUGAUGAUGAUGAUGAUGAUGAUGAUGAUGAUGAUGAUGAUGAUGAUGAUGAUGAUGAUGAUGAUGAUGAUGAUGAUGAUGAUGAUGAUGAUGAUGAUGAUGAUGAUGAUGAUGAUGAUGAUGAUGAUGAUGAUGAUGAUGAUGAUGAUGAUGAUGAUGAUGAUGAUGAUGAUGAUGAUGAUGAUGAUUCGUUAACGAAUAAAGUUAUAGUAGUAGAAAGUUAUAAUUUUAGUUUAUUGAGAUACUUUGAGUGA